AUGAGGAGACUUUUUGAAACACUUUUGGUUUAUUCUUGCCCUAAUGACCCAAAGGCAUUGUGGCUGAAUUUUGAAUUUUCUAUGUCAGAAGAUUUUGCCAAGUGUUCAGCAAUGACACCUGCACAAGUGAAAAGCAAAGUCUUGCAGCAAAUUGAUGGCUUUUUGCAAUCCUUGGGAAAAAGCAUACAUUCAUAUAAUUUGAUUCCCACUGGAUUCUCUUAUGAAAAUAUAGAAAAUGAAACUCGAGAAUUAAUAGCAGAAAGAAACAUUGUCAUUUCAGAAACUGACUUAAAUUUAAUUAAGUUGCUCAAUGAAAAACGGAAAAAGGCAUUCAUAGUCAUAUUUGAGAGAAUUUACUCAGACAGACCUGGUGGCUUUUUCAUUGAUGGUCUAGAUGGUAUAGGAAAAACAUUCUUGUACAGAGCUUUGUUAGCUAAUGUUAGAUCCAAAGGCUAUCUUGCACUCGCUACAACUACAUCAAGAAUUGCAGCUUCCAUUCUACUAGGUGGAAGAACUGCACAUUCCAGAUUUAAAAUUUCAAUAGAUAUCUUUGAUAGUGCAACAUGUCAAAUCAGUAAACAAACUUCUUUAGCUACAAUGAUGAAGGAAGCAAAACUAAUAAUUUGGGACGAAGCACAAUGUCUAAAAAAGCAGCAAUCGAAGCUUUAG